AUGGGGAGUCGAGGAAUCGAGUUUCCAUUGUGCAUGGGGUGGUUCGUGGAGCAAGGAUUGCCACACAGUGUAAACAGUCCAAAAACCAACCAAAAAUGCAAGUACAGCGGCGGGGACUCUAAAUCCUUGCACUAUUACCUUCGGAUGCAUCACUAUCCACGGAAAUACAUGUGUUGCUGCAUCUCAAACUCAACUAAAACAUCCAAAGUUCCAAAAGGCACAUUGCUCACCACUUCGACCAGCAAAUUGAUGGGGGUCAGUCCAAGGAUCCAUGUCCCACUACCCCCUUGUACAUAG